AUGGAGGAUAAAGUUAAGGAAGAUUCGUUUCUUCAAAAUAUUUUUCAAAUAUGUUUAAAAAAAGAAGAGUCUAAUAAUACAAAAGUUUAUUUAGAGUCAUAUGAAAAAGAAUUAAAAAAAAAUAAUGAAGAAUUGUACUUGUUAAUAGAUAAUAUAUAUUUCUUCCUACUUCAUAAAAUUUCUGAUUUACAUAAGAAGAAAAAAAACUGCUUAAGCUACCUAUGUUCCUGCUAUGUUAGAUUAUUAGAUAAAAAUUUUUAUAAAAGUUUAAAUUUAGAUAACAAGCAAACUGAUCAUUUAAUUAAUGAAGUUUUAAAUCAAAUAAUAAACAAUGCAUUAAUUUAUUUAGAAAAUUUAGAUAUAUAUCCGAAUGUGAAAAUAUCAUAUAAAGAACGAAUGAAUGCUUUUUUUGAGUUUUUAAAAGGUUCAUGUACUUCCCGUUUUUUAAGUAAAAUGCUGUUAGUUAUAGAAGAAAAUGAUAAAAAUGAGGAAGAAAGCGAGAAGCAAUUAAACAAAAUUUUUAAUCCAAUAAUAAAUAUGAUUUUAGAAAAUUUGAAUUCUAGAAGUUUAAUUUAUCCAAAAAAUGAUGUUGCUGUACUUUUAAAAUUUAUAACUAGUUUUAAACAAAUAGCUGAUUUAGUAAUGAAUAAUAAAUCAGUAUUUUUAUAUUUAAAUUUAAGUGAUAGAAUGAAAGAUAGUUCUCUUGAAGCAAAAUCACUAUGUAAUUUGUCUAUUAAAUCACCUAAUAAUAAAAAUGAUAAUGAAUUAAAUAAAGGUGCAAAUACAACAUCUUCCAGUUCUUUAAUAUCUAAUACAAAUGUAUCUAGUACAAACGAAAAUAACAAUAAUGCAGCAGAUGUAAGUACACGUGUCAAUAAUAUAAGUAAUGUGAUUUCUAAUAAUAUAAUAGAUAAUACGAAUUCAAAUAAUAAUAAUUCUAUUGUAAAUAAACCUUGUAGUAAAGAUAAAGAGGUAAAUAGCUGUGGAUAUAAUUUACAAUUAAAUAGUUUAUUAGGUAGAUUAUUAUCUCCAACGAUAUUAACUAUGCCUAAUAUAAUAAAAAAAGAAGAAAUAGCAAUGUAUAAAUAUUUUUACAAUACUACAACCAACGAAUUAAAUAAAAUGACUUUGAGUUCUUUAAAAAAUAUAUAUGUUUUAUUAAGAAGAGAUACUGAUUGGAUACUAGAAACUUGUGUUGAUAUAAUAAAAAACUUAUUAAAAGGAAGCAAUGAAAGUAAAAAAAAAGUAUUAUUAUGGAUAAAUUGUAUAAUUUUAUCAAAUGAAAAAAAAACGAAAAUAAUGUAUCAUUAUGCAUCUUACCCACAGUCAUUAGAUAACUCGUAUGGAUUGUUCUUAAAAUUAUUAGGUGAAAACUCAUAUGGUUUUUGCCUGAAUAUGUUUUGGGUAUUGUUAUGUUUAUGUGAACCAAUUACAAUAAAUAAAAUUAGUGAUAUUGAUUUCUUUUUUUUUUUAAGGAAUGAUCCUUUUUCUAAAUUUCUUUUAAAAAAUAUAACAAAUCAAUCUUCUUUUGAAGAAAAAUCGAAUGUAGAAAAGAUAAAAAAUAGAGUAAAAAACUCAGAAAGUUUUCAAAAAGAACCAAAAUUUAUUACAUGUAUUUUUUGGAUGACUUUUAAAUCUUUAAGUGUAUUUUUUAAACCAGCUGUAGAUGAAUUUAUUAGAAUAAUUCAAGAAGUAGGAAAUGCAAAAGAUAAAAAUUUUUAUUAUAUGAACAUACAUGCAUGGAAAAUUUUUUUGUAUAAUUCUCGCUUUAUUCAAUUAUUAUUUAAAUUUUUACACUUAUCUAUGAGUUAUUUCUUGCAUGUUGUUUACUUGUAUGAUAUAAAUGGUAAUGAAAAUAUUAAUAUGAAAACUUAUUUGAAUGAACAUAAAAACAAUUUAUCUCAUUUGGUAUUAAAGUGUUGUCCACCCCCAAAUGAAAAAUAUUAUAAUAAAAAUAUAAAUUUUGAAAAUUUAUCAAGUAACACGGAUAACAAAAUAAAUGAAGAUAGAAACAAUGGAAAAAAAGAUAAAGAAUAUGAUGAUAUUGAUGAAUUACAAAAAGAAGAUAAAGUUGAAGAUAGAAUAAAUAAUAGUAAUAAUAAUGAAGAAAAUGAUAAAGUUUCUCAAUCUCAUAAUGAUUUAAAUAAAAAUGAUCGUCUAUAUGCAUCACCACAAUUUUCUAUAAUUCCAACAUUUUUUUUAAGUGAUAUAUUUGAAAUAAUUUAUUUAUUGUAUGAAUUAGAUAUAUUUAAAAGUCAAAAUAACGAAAAUUUUUUAAGUUAUUUAGAUAUGGAUUUAUUUAUAGCAUUUUCUAUUUUUACUAUGUUAAGUGAAAAUCAUAUUAAAAGCAUACAUAUAAGAUGUGAAUCAGCUCCUAGAACAUUUUCUUUUUUAUAUAAAUUUGAUAAUUUAAAGAAAAUAAUAGAAGAAUCAGAAUUAACCAAAAAAUAUAUAAUAAAAUCUUUGACCAAUGUAUUUAUUGCUUCACAAAAAGGAGAAUAUACAGAAAGGAUGCAAACAAGAGUUCGUAUAGUAGAAAAUUUUAAUAGUUUUUUUUUAAAUAAAAUAUAUGUUAAUCAAUUUACUCAAUUAGUUAUAAAUAACAAUAAUCUUUUUGUCCACUUAAUUCAUUUAUUAUUAAAUGAUGUUAGUUUUUUAGUAGAAGAAGUAGUAUCAUAUCUCUCAGAAAUCAAAAGAAGAGAAGAUAAAAAAAAAAUUGAAGUAGAAAAUUCUAUAUCUAAUACCAAUUCUUAUGCAAAUGCAACUCGUAUUAAUAGAGGAACAAAUUCUAAUUCGAAUAACCAAAUAAGUUCAUCGAACAUAAAUCUAGACAAUAGUGGUCAUUUAAAUAAUGAAGGCUCUCAUAAUUUAAAUGGAUCAUUUAGUGAUAAUAGUGAAAUUGAGGAUUCAGGAGUAGAAACUGACUUAACUAAUGAAAGCAUGAGAAAUUUAGCUGCAAAAACAAAAAUGAUUAUAACAUAUUGUUAUAAAUCAUGCAUUUUUUUAAAUCUAUUAUGCAAAAAUUAUUCAGAUAAUAUAGUUACUUCUAACACUAUACUCUCUCAAAUAGUUACGUGUUUAAAUUGUUAUUUUGAUUAUUUAGUAGGACCCAAAUGUUUAAAUAUAAAAGUAAAAAAUAUGGAACAGUACAAUUUUAGGCCUCAAUUAUGGUUAACUAGUAUAGUUGAAUCAUAUUUAUUUUUAUUAAAUUCAGAAAAGGAACAUGAAGAAUUAUUAAUAAGAGAAAUAGCAAAUGAAGGAAGAUAUUAUAAACCUGAGAUUUUCAAUAAGGCAUAUUAUAUAUGUAAGAGAGAAGGAUUACUUCAUAAAGAAGAAUUAAAUAAAUUUAAAAAAUUUUGCCAACAAAUUAUUGAUAUGAAAGAUGAAGUUGAAUUAUUUGAUGAUGUGAAUGAUAUACCAGAAAAAUUUUUAGAUCCCAUUUUACAAGAUAUUAUGUUAGAUCCUGUUUUAUUGCCUACAUCUGGAAUAAUUAUUGAUAGAAAAAAUAUUGAAAGGCAUUUAAUGAGUGAGCCAAAUGAUCCUUUUAACAGAGCACCACUUUCAAAGGAACAAUUAGUUGCAAUGCCUGAACUAAAAGAAGAAAUACAUAAAUAUAUAGAUAAUUUAAGACAAGAGAAAAAAAAAAAGAAAAAAAAUUUAGAAAUAGAUAUAGAAAGCGAAGAAAUUGAGAAAGAUAAAAAAGAAGAAUUGUUAAACAAAAAUAAAGAUGUUGAUAAGGAAUAUACAUGUAAAAAUGAAGAAGAAUCUGAAAAAAAUAAAAAGAUGGAUGAAAAUAUAAAAAAAAAUGAAAAUGAUUAA